UGAAUUAACGGCAAGCCAUACAUAGAAGGCAAGCACUAUCGUCCAUCGAUAUAGCAGCACUUCGAUCCUGCCAACGAAUUCAUUCGCUCUUCAGGUUAUAUAUCUAUAAAAAUUAUUUUAUUAUUUUUAUUAUCAGCAUAACUACAUACACGAUGAAUUACGAUAAUUACAAUUUACAAGUAUUCAUUAAAUCCCCAAAUCUAACAACCCUAACCCUAACCCCCAAUUUAACAAUCCGUAAUCUUAAACAAUUAAUUCUUUCUAGAAUUGACACAAUCAAUCAAACCCUAGCAUCUUCCACUUUCCUCACCUUUAAUGGCCGCGUGUUGCCGGAUUCCGGCACCGUCCGAAGCUCCGGCAUCACCAAUUUGUCAACUUUGAGUCUUGGUUUUCGGCUUUAUGGUGGAGGAGGCGAUGGCGGUGCCACGGGGGCAGAAUCGCGUGAUUGUUAUCUUAACAUGUAUGCAGAGAAGAAACCGGAUAAAGUUGACCCGAAUGAGCAGAGGCUGUCGAAAUGGUUGAAUUGUGCGUUGUCGAAUGAGCCGUUGAAGCAUCCGAUUGUGGUUGAUUGUUUGGGGAAUUUGUUUAAUAAAGAGGCAUUGGUUGAAGGGUUGUUGGGUAAGAAACUGCCUAGAGCUUUUUCGCAUAUUAAAGGUUUGAAGGAUAUGAUACCGGUUGAGCUUGACGCGAUUCCGGGGUCAGCUGGGGUGGAUCAGGAUGUGAAGUUUCAGUGUCCGAUUACGGGUUUGGAGUUUAAUGGAAAGUACAAGUUUUAUGCUUUGAGGAGUUGUGGGCAUGUGCUGAGUGUUAAGGCUUUGAAAGAGGUUAAAUCGUCUAGCUGUCAUGUUUGUCGUAAGGAGUUUGUUGAAGAUGAUAAGAUUGUGAUCAAUGGAAAUGACGAAGAGGUGGCUGCGUUGCGUGUGAAGAUGGAGGCAGAGAAGUCGAAAUUGAAAGAUGAGAAGGCAAAGUUGAAGGAGAAGAAGGUGAAGAAAGUUAAGAAUGGAGGUGUUGAUGUUGGUGUUGAUGGUGAGACGGGUGGAUUGGAUGAUGGGGUAAAGUUGAGUGGGAAGAAGCACGGGAUUGAUUUGAUGAAGGGGCCUGAGAAAGUUUCGGGGAAGAUUGAUACGAAUAGUAAAGGUGUUAAUGGUGUGAAAGUGAAUGGGAAAAGUGAAGCGAAAAGGUUUAAGGCGAGUGAUAUGGCUCCUGCAAAUGCUAAUAAGGAAGUGUAUGCAUCUAUUUUUACGUCUUCAAGGAAAUCCGAAUUUAAAGAGACAUAUUCUUGCAGGUCUUUGCCACUUGGUAGAAACUGAUGAGGUUCAGUUCAAUCUGAAAAUUACUAGCUGUUUCAUGUGUUUGAUGUAAGGCUGUGUAUUCCUUUCCGAUGAUAUUAUAUUGUUUUGACUUGAAAUUAUGAAUCAAAUUCUUGCUUUUAUUUUUGAGCUUAUAAAUCUUAUUAGUAUUGUAUAACGAUCUAUUUGGUAA